AUGGGCACUCCUCACCAAGGCGGCAGCGGUGUGGCCUUUGGCAAGCUUAUGGUCAAUAUCGCGUCUGUGUUUGUGGCUGCUGACGAUCGACUGCUUCGACACCUCGAGGAAAACUCGGAGUGGCUCCAACAACAGCUUGGACAGUAUGGACCGGUGAGCGGAGACUUUGUGACCAAGUUUGCUUUCGAGGAGUACCCCACUCCGACAGUCCUGGGCGGCUCGAUUAUGGUCGUGCCGCGGGCAUCUGCAGUCGUCCCAGGGGCUGCCGAUGCCGAACCAAUUAUUAUCCAUGCGGAUCACAUCAACAUGGUGAAGUUCGCGUCAAAUUCAGAUGAAGGAUACAGAAAGGUAUCUGGUCAUAUUAAAAUGAUGGUUGCUGACGCAUCUAUCGUUAUUGGUCCGCGGUGGGAGACAGAAGGGAGAGUCAACGCAGCUCGAAUCAAUGACACUACGGAGACUUUCACAGUCAACUUCAGUAUUCCUGAGGUCCCAGAGACCGGGUGUUUCGCUGGCAGAGAAGAGGAGAUUACGCAGAUGAGCGAGCACAUUCAGAGCGGUAGACAUCGCAAGACCAUAGUGCUACAUGGUCUAAGUGGAAUAGGGAAAACUCAGCUCGCCGCCACAUAUGCCAGACGAUAUAGAUCUCGUUACUCGGCAGUCUUUUGGCUGAACAGCAAGGACAGCGAUACCCUGAAGCAAAGCUUCUUGAAUGCCGCAGAACGUAUACUUCAUGAUCAUCCAUCGUUGAACAACCUCAGGACUAUCUGCAAGACUGGAAAUCUCGAUGAAGCGGUUGAAGCUGUUGAAAGAUGGCUAAGUAACGCUAAGAACACGGAUUGGCUACUUGUAUACGACAAUUACGAUAGCCCUAAGCUACCAGGAGACAACAAACCUCAUUCCUUUUCUAUUGCGUCUUUUCUCCCAGGGGCUGAACAUGGGGUUGUAAUCAUCACAACAAUAUCGUCACAACUCAGGAUCGGCCACCAGAUUUCUGUUAAAAAAUUUCAUGACAUAAGACAAAGCUUGCAAGUUCUUUCCUUCAUGUCGCGACGCGACAACUUGGAUAAUGAUCCUGACGCUUGUGAAUUAGCCCGCGAGCUCGACGGGUUGCCUCUUGCUCUUGCAACAGCCGGUGCCUACCUUGACCAGGUUGCGACAAGUUUCGCUGACUAUCUUCGCAACUACCGGGAGAAAUGGCUUCGUCUCCAGAUGAAAACCCCCCAGUUAAUUUCUUAUGACCGGACCCUCUAUACUACAUGGGAUCUUUCACUGGACCACGUUAGACAACAGAAUCCAGCGUCCGUGAUACUGCUUCAGCUUUGGGCGUACUUUGAUAAUCAAGACCUUUGGCUUGAGCUCCUCGAGGAUCACAGUGGGAAAGUGCCGGAUUCGCUUCUAGCGAUAACCGAAGAUCAAAUAAGCUUCGACGACGCAAUGAGGGCGCUUUGUUGUUAUGCACUGGUAGAGAGAAAUGUUGUUACAAACCAUGGGAUGGAGUCUAGAGGAUAUAGCAUGCAUAGCUGCGUGCAUUCAUGGACCAUCCAUGUCCUGAACCGCGAAUGGAAUUCUGAAAUGGCAAAACUGGCGGUAACUUGUGUGGGCCAGCACGUACCUUCCAGGAAAACCCCUAAAUACUGGGCAAUACAGCAACGCCUUAUCCGACAUGCAAACCGGUCUUUCGACAUUGUCAAGAAAGAAGUGGAAAUUUGGGCCAACGAUGAGUCAAUGUUUGAACAAAUAGAGUCAAUUACGAAGCUCUACAAAGAUACCAGCAGACUAUCCAAAGCAGAGGAAUUGCUAAAGCUAGUUCUGUAUGCAAAGACAAAGAGUCCGAAGUUUGGUGCUGAUCAUACCUCGACGCUUAGGACAGCAACCAGCUUGGCUCACGUGUACAGAAAACAAGAGAAGUUCGAAGAGUCAGAGAGAACAUAUCUACAAGCGCUGCAAGGGUUUCAGAGCUCGUCCCCGGGUGGCGAUCCAUCGAUUUCGCAGGACAUUCUUGAGAUAAAUGACCGCCUGGGCAUCGUCUAUUGGAAACAGAAGAAGUUGGAUCAAUCCGGAGCAAUGUUUGUGCAAGCAUUGCAAGAAAAAGAGAACAAGCUCGGCAAAGACAGUGAAGAAACGCUCAACACGGUUAAUAAUUUCGGCCUUCUACUUAUAGAACAAGGAAAACUUGAAGAGGCGGAGAAGCUACUUCAACGAGUACGAGGAGGAUACGAGGGUAUGUUUGGCAUUGAGAAUAUACUAACACUAAGUGCAGUUAAUAAUCUGGGCUUUCUAUGCAUCCUUCAAGAGAAGCUAGACCAGGCCGAGAAGCUACUCGAGCAGGCAUUAAAAGGAUACGAGAAAGUGUGCACCGGUGAGGAGAUACCAUUACUUGACGCAGUUGAAAAUUUGGGCGACCUCUACAGAAAACAAGGACGGUUGGAAGAAGCGGGGAAGAUGUACCAGCGUGUUUUGGCGGGCUACAAAGCCUCUUUUGGUUCUUCACAUAAAAGAUACCGAAAGAUAUCAGAGACCGUUGUAGCCUUAAAGAAUUCGCAGAAGAGUAUCAUGUUUGUCCAGAGGGACGAGUGA